AUGGCCGACGGUCCUGAAGCACAAAACGAACUAUUCAAGUCUAACAGGUCCCUCGCUGAAAAGAACAGCAGCCUUCUUCGUGGUGAUCUCCCAGACCAUCUCAAAAGGUCCUCACAUCGACUCCAAUUUCCGCCCUCGUAUGCUUUGGUAGGCGUCUAUCGACUGUGUACAGACCAGAAUUUGUACGUUCCUGUAUGGCAAAAAUGUCAGCACGGAACCGUCAGGGGAGCGGCGGUGGGGAUAGCUUGGGCGUUUUUCACCUUUGGAAUCCAAAAGAAAUUUAUCGAGAUUUUCCUUGCCAACUCGCAUAAAGUGACAGGUCUUGCUACGGACACUAUCUUUGGCUAUCCUGUUCCUUUCAACGUUCAUACUUAUGCUGCUGUUCUCCUUGUUGGUCAACAAAUAACCUACAUCCUCCGCUUCUUUUUAUCUCGGAAUAUCCGUAUCGCACGAGACCGCGCUUGGAACCAGACCGUUGCUUCACGCGGGAAGGGCGAGGAUUUUUGGCAACCGUAUACGGAGGAAUGGGAUCAACCACCAAAAGCAGUUCAUUCUGCAAUGUGGUACGAGCAAGCAUUCAGUAACUGGUUUCUGUUCAUGUUCAAGAAAGCUCUUCUCCUGCCAUUCAACUUCUACCCUCUCGUUGGAAUUCUCAUCUCGGCCUGGUUCAAGGGAAUGGGUACAGCCCGGAUCUUACAUCGACGGUACUUCGAAGCAAAGAAAAUGACACCGGAUGAAGUCGCGAUAUUUAUGGAGGAACACAAAUGGGAUUACCGAACUUUUGGGUUUACUGCUGCCCUCCUGGAAGGUUUCCCCAUCAUUGGCUUGGUGUUUACAAUUUCUAACAGGGUUGGUGCGGCGAUGUGGGCUUUCGAUCUUGAAAAGAGGCAGCAUUAUGUGGCAGAGAAAAAAAAGGACUCGGUGACGGCGAAGAAGGAUUAA